CCGUCACGGGCUGAGUACGUUGGCGGCGCGCGCACCGUUGUGCUGGCGCCCCUGGGCCUUUCCUUCCCGGUAUUCUCGAGGGUGGGUCGUGUGAGAGGAUAGUUCGUUUCCUACCCCCGGGCCGGCGCUGAAUGUAAGCCGUCUUUCUCCACGAACAGGUGUCUACAUUUGGGAAACAACAUGAAGAUCAUCUACUAUCCCACUGGGUGACAUUGUUUUACAGGAGAGGAUGUCUUUCUGACUGGCUGAAUAUGUUCCCUGGAUAUGCUUCCUGUUUUCCACCAGAGCACUGAAUCUUUUCAGAAGCCAGCCUCUCUUUAGUACUUGUUUUAAAGCAUUGAGGUUCUUCUAGCAAUGAGUUCUCAAAGCCAUCCAGAUGGACUUUCUGGCAGGGACCAGCCAGUAGAGUUACUGAAGCCAACCAGAGUAAACCACAUGCCAAGUUCUGUUGAUGUGACCACCGCACUACCUUUGCAAGUUGCACCAUCUGUAGUCCCCAUGGAUCUCCACCUGGACCAUCAAUUCUCCAUGCCAGUGGCAGAACCUACAUUACGAGAACAGCAGCUCCAGCAGGAACUUCUGGCCCUCAAACAAAAACAACAGAUCCAGAGACAGAUCCUCAUAGCAGAAUUCCAGAGACAACAUGAUCAGCUGUCUCGUCAGCAUGAAGCUCAGCUACAUGAACAUGUUAAGCAGCAGCAAGAGAUUCUGGCAAUGAAACAUCAGCAGGAGCUCUUGGAACACCAGAGAAAGUUAGAGCAGCAUCGACAGGAGCAAGAGUUGGAGAAACAGCACAGAGAACAGAAACUACAACAGCUUAAAAACAAAGAGAAAGGGAAAGAAAGUGCAGUGGCAAGCACAGAGGUAAAAAUGAAGUUACAAGAGUUUGUGUUGAAUAAAAAAAAAGCUUUAGCCCAGCGGAAUCUCAACCAUUGCAUUUCCAAUGACCCUCGUUUCUGGUAUGGGAAAACACAACAUAGUUCACUUGACCAGAGCUCUCCACCACAAAGUGGAGUAUCGGGUACCUACAAUCACCCUGUGUUAGGGAUGUAUGAUUCCAAAGAUGAUUUUCCACUCAGAAAAACAGCAUCUGAACCGAAUCUCAAAUUGAGAUCCAGAUUAAAGCAGAAGGUUGCUGAAAGACGCAGUAGCCCCUUAUUGCGAAGAAAAGAUGGUCCUGUUGUUACAGCUCAUAAGAAGCGACCAUUAGAUGUUACAGACUCAGUGUGCAACAGCGCUCCUGGAUCUGGUCCCAGUUCUCCAAACAACAGCUCCAGUAAUAUAAGUGCUGAGAAUGGAAUUACUGGAUCCAUUGCAAAUAUUCAAGCAGAGACCAACCUGGUUCACAGGCUAGUGAAUCGUGAAAGCUCCAUAACGCAGCUUCCUCUAUACACAUCUCCCUCCUUACCCAAUAUAACGUUAGGACUACCGGCAACUGCCCCUUCCAGCGGGGGAUCAGGACAGCAGGAUGCUGAAAGACUUGUUAUUCCAUCUUUACAACAACGAAUCUCCUUAUUUCCUGGAACCCAUCUAACUCCUUAUUUGAGCAGUUCAACUGUGGAAAGGGACGGGGGAACUACACACAACCCUCUUCUUCAACACAUGGUCUUACUGGAACAACCAACUGCACAAAAUCCCUUAGUCCAAGACUGGUAUCUUUCAGGACUAGGGGCACUCCCCCUCCAUGCGCAAUCCCUGGUCGGUGCGGAUCGGCUCUCUCCCUCAAUACACAAACUGCGGCAACAUCGCCCUCUGGGCCGUACACAGUCUGCUCCUCUUCCCCAGAAUGCACAGGCCCUGCAGCAAUUAGUGAUUCAACAACAACAUCAGCAAUUUUUAGAAAAACACAAACAACAAUUUCAUCAGCAGCAGCUGCACAUUAAUAAGAAAAUACCAAAACCAAAUGAAUCUUCUCGCCAGCAUGAAAGCCAUCCCGAAGAGACUGAAGAGGAAUUACGAGAACACCAGGCAUUUUUGGAAGACGCAUAUAUUGAUAGACUAUCAAACCAAAAGGAUGCACAAGGGCUGGCCAGUAUGGUCCAGGUAAAACAAGAACCGCUUGAAAAUGAUGAAGAUGGAGAGAUGCUACAAGAACUAGAACCAGGGCAGAAGCAAGCCGAGCAAGAGCUGCUAUUUAGACAGCAAGCCCUUUUACUGGAGCAGCAACGCAUUCACCAGCUGAGAAAUUACCAAGCAUCCAUGGAAGCUGCUGGUAUCCCUGUGUCCUUUGGAGGGCAUCGGCCACUUUCUCGUGCCCAAUCCUCACCUGCUUCUGCAAACUUUCCCAUGUCAGUACAGGAGCCACCCUGCAAACCCCAAUUCACAACAGGCCUUGUGUAUGACACCUUGAUGCUGAAGCACCAGUGUACCUGUGGAAACACAAACAGUCACCCAGAGCAUGCAGGGAGAAUCCAAAGCAUUUGGUCUCGGCUCCAGGAGACAGGUCUUCGUAGCAAGUGUGAGUGUAUCCGUGGAAGAAAAGCAACUCUAGAAGAGCUGCAGACUGUUCAUUCAGAAGCUCAUGCAUUGCUUUAUGGUACCAAUCCUCUGAACAGGCAGAAGUUGGACAGCAAGAAGCUGUUAGGUUCUUUAACAUCAAUGUUUGUCAGACUCCCUUGUGGUGGCAUUGGCGUUGACAGUGAUACAAUUUGGAAUGAAGUACAUUCAUCUAGUGCUGCUCGCCUCGCUGUUGGCUGUGUAAUAGAGCUUGUUUUUAAAGUGGCCACAGGAGAACUGAAGAACGGAUUUGCUGUAGUUCGACCUCCUGGUCACCAUGCAGAAGAAAGUACACCCAUGGGUUUCUGCUAUUUCAAUUCAGUGGCAAUCUCAGCUAAGCUGCUCCAACAAAGACUGAAUGUGAGCAAAAUCCUCAUAGUGGACUGGGAUGUGCAUCAUGGCAAUGGUACUCAGCAGGCUUUCUACAAUGAUCCAAAUGUUCUUUAUAUUUCACUACAUCGGUAUGAUGAUGGAAACUUCUUCCCAGGAAGUGGAGCUCCUGAUGAGGUUGGCAUAGGACCAGGUGUCGGUUUCAAUGUUAAUAUUGCAUUUACUGGUGGUCUUGAUCCACUGAUGGGAGACACUGAAUACUUGACUGCUUUCAGAACAGUAGUAAUGCCAAUUGCUAAUGAGUUUGCUCCAGAUGUUGUUCUGGUAUCAUCUGGGUUCGAUGCAGUGGAAGGUCAUCCUGCACCUCUUGGAGGAUAUAAUCUAUCAGCAAAAUGCUUUGGGUACCUUACGAAACAGCUCAUGGGGCUUGCUGGAGGACGAAUUGUUCUAGCCCUCGAAGGAGGCCAUGACCUGACAGCUAUUUGUGAUGCAUCAGAAGCUUGUGUUUCUGCUCUGUUAGGAAAUGAGCUUGAUCCUCUCCCUGAAAAGAUAUUACAACAAAGAGCAAAUGCCAAUGCACUGCAUUCCAUCGACAAAGUCAUUGAGAUACACAGCAAGUACUGGCACUCACUCCAGCGUUAUUCCUCAACGGUUGGCUACUCUUUGAUAGAGGCGCAAAAGUGUGAGAACGAAGAAGCAGAAACUGUAACAGCCAUGGCAUCGUUGUCAGUGGGAGUCAAGCCACCCCCUGACAAGAAGGCAGAUGAGGAACCCAUGGAAGAGGACCCUCCCCUGUAGCACUCAUCUUCUGGGCUGGAGUUCUCCUGUUUGUUCGUCUUGUCUUGAGGCUCUUCAAGGAAGCUUUCUCUUGUUACUCCUGCAUCCAGUCCUGGUUUACUUCCAGACUACAGAAAGGCAGCCAUGCAUGAAAGAAAGCAAAAUCUCUUCAUAGCUGUACAGAAUAUGCUUAUAGAAAAGGAAAAAUGCAGGCAAAGAGCAGAAAUAUUAAAGACGUGUGCACUGAGCAUUCUUGUUCUUUCCUCAUUCGGAGCCAUAAGAGACAAGAAAUCAGUGAAGUAUUUGGCAGAAUUGCCAAUAUUUUUUUUUUAAGAAAUCAAAAAUUUCACACAGAUGUGACAACUUUCUUUUGAAACUGGUGCUUAAAAUUUGAUUACCCUCUGUUUCAGACCACUCAACCCAUAUUGGAAGUUUUUUAAUUUUUUUUUUUUUAAAAAAAUGUGGCUUUUGCCUCUCUGUGAUUCAGACAUUCUCUUCAAAACCCAAACAAUAUGAGGAGUUUUUUUUCAUAUGAAGGGUGAAAAGAGAACUUAGAUUUUUCUACCUAUAUAGAUACCUAUAUACAAGCAGAAUAAACAUGUGGAGAGGAAGAACGUUAAACUAGGGAAGUAGCCCAGAAAGGGGAUUGGCUUUAAUAUCUCCAAAGCCACCUGAAGAGUUUGUUGUGCCUUUAAAUAAAGAUUGGAUUGAUUUGGGGCAACUGUUUUUUCCCUGAUGUUUUGAGGAACAAUGCCUUAAAAAAGAACUCCACAGCAGUUCCUCUGGCAGGGUAGGCGAAGAACUGCAAUCAGCCAGCCAGGCUCUUGGAUUUGUGCUGGCACGAUUACUUAAGCAAGCAGUGGCCGGAGCGUCUCCAAAACAAGUUUGGAUUUUGUUUUGUUUUGGUUUAUUGCUGUUUAAAAUGAUAUUAAGGUAGUUGCCAGUAAAGUGGCAAAUACUGUUGGGGUUCUAAAAUUCAACCAUUUUUAAAAAUAAAAAACCUCCAGUGUUUUCUCCUACCCAUUAUGUAUAACCAUUUUAACUAUCAAUUUGGUUGUAAAAGCAUGCGAGAGACUCGACUGCAAUUUAAAAGAAUUGGAAUGCUUUUCAUUAAAAGCAAGUAGCAUGAGAUAUUGCUUAAUAUUUUAGCUAUAGAUGUAUAAAUGUAUAUCUAUAAUGUAUAUUCCAAAUGUAUUCCAAGCUUAGAAAUAUGACUUACAAAUUUUGAUUAAGUAUUUAUAUGCAUUUAUAGAAAAUAUAUAAAUAAAUGCAGAUUACAAUGGUAGCCAUUGGAAGGUCCCUUGCAGAAGAUUUAUUUGUGGACUGGAAUGUAAGGGUUUUUAGAAAAGUAAUCUAGUUUGAAAGUGACCAUUUUCAGACUGUAGUUUGGAAUGUUUUCAGAAUGCCAACAUUUUAGCCACUGGGCAACUACCCUAAACAUUGAUAUUUUAAUUUAAGGUUCUUAACUUUGAUCCUCUUCUGGCAAAAUGAGUUUUCUGUGAAUGUGUAUUUGCUUCAUUUUAUAUUAGUUUUCUCAUGUCUUAUUUACAUGACAUUUCAUUUAUGCUAUCCAUUUGACCGCUGUUUCCAAACAUUGUCUGAACCUGUGCCAUCUUUCGUUGCACAUUGGUGGGGGGGUGGGGUCUAUGUGUUUGGAAUUUAAACAGUUUUCACAGUCAUGUGGGAUGGUUGAGAAUUGUUGGGUUUCGCUGUCAGAAACCUCAUUUCAUGAAAGGAAGGAUUCUAAGCUCUUUGUUAUAUCAGGAAACACUGUAUAUUUCCUCAGUUUUUCAGUCACACUUGCUAUGCUAUAUAAAGAAAAUACGGAGCUUUCUUACCUUAAGACAUGUUAGUAUUACAAAGAGUGACGUAUCAUAUAUCCUCAUUAUAGAGUGUGGCGAGAUUUGUUAAAGGCAUUAAUAAUUUAAGUGACCGUGUGGAAGAUCUGCCAAACGCUGUUGGUGCAGUUAACACUAAUGCAAAUACUCAGAACGUUUCCUAAACUUAAGUUCUGUAGAAAGACUAUUUCACAGUGAAACGUAAGAAUCGUAUCUUUCAGGCAGGGGGAGUACUGAUCCUUGCCACCGCAUCCUUCCUCCUGUUGCCUUGUCUGGGGGGGGAGGCGUACCUCAGAAUAAGAAACUAAACUUUGUGUAGUGAACCCAGGUGGCUGGAGGAGGCUGCAGUCGUGUGUUCUUUUUCAAGUAGUGUCGCUUCGUCUUCUGAAUAACUGGAGGUAUUUUUUUUUUACCUUUACCCCUUUUAUUUUGUGUUAUAAUAAUGACAGGGUCACUUUGUGGUAAUUUAUUUUUUUUUUUUUUGGAAAAGAAUUCAUUCCAUGAAGAGCAGAGUUGUGAGAAUUAAAACACAAAAACACAUCUGAAUGCAUGCAGGAUAGCGUUUUAAGACAGAAAUAUAAUUUUUAAACAUACACUACAAUAUUUGAGUUCUUACUAAUCCAAGUAUAUUCAAACUGAUGACUAUUUUUGGCAUUAGAACUGCCAGGAGCAUACUCUGAGAGUAUAGUUUGACAGUAAAGAUAAAAUCAUAUAUUUUGUAAAAGGAUUGCCUUGCUGCUGUGAUCUGAAAAGAUUUUUUGUUGUGGAAUCACCUGAUCAUAUAUUUUGUUGAUCUAGCCCUUUUACCACUGUCGGUAACAUUAAUGCAUCCAUAAUCAUUUCAGCCUGAAACAUGUUUUACUUUCAACAACAAUUUUCAUGUUAUGUACUUUUCGCAUUGCAAGAAAUGAUUCAUACACAGCUUUAUGGUAUUGAGCUGAUGAUCUGGACUUUUCAGUUGUAGCUUCCAAGCUAUUCCAAUAGCUUCUUUAAGAUUCUUCAUUUGUUUUGUCAAGCACAUUGUUACAUCACUGUCUGUCCCACAAUCCAAAGUUCUUGCAUCUGUUUAAAAUGAUAGUUGUAUAAUCUCCCACGAAGAUGAGGUUUGGGUUUCCCUCCACAGUUUAAGUGCAAUGGAAAGGGAACAUUGGCCUCAUGAGACUUGGGGAGGUACCACUGUAGCCUUGAUUUUUUUUCUUACGAGUUUACUUAAUAUGGACCUGAUGGGAAUGCUUAUGAGCUCCGUGAAGCACGAGCUGAUUUAGGUACUUACCUACCAUUCCCACAUUUUUAUAUACAGAAAUGAGGUAACUCAGUUCCACCAGCAAGAUAACUAGAGGAUGUUUUCACUAAUGCAGCUUCCAAAACACUUGGGUGGCAUACUGGUUUUCUUUUGUAGCAAUUUAGAAAAGAAGGAACAUCUUAAAGCUAUAUUACCCAGAAGUGACUCCUAGGUUGUAGUACACAGUACUAAUAAUCAAGUAUUUGGUUUUAUUUUACUUUCUAUACACAGACAUUCCUUUUUAUUAGUCAUGUACUCAUUCCAUUCUUCCUUUUGUAAACUUUUUGGGCCCACAUUUUAUGGGCGUUGAUAUAUAUAAAAUAUAUAUAAAAUAUAUAUGAAUAUAUUUUUUUAAGUUUCCUACACCUUGAAGUUGCAUGGUCUGUUAGGUUGGCAUGUCUUUAUAUUGUAUACAGAUUUUGCACGCCACACUUGGCAGCUUUGGAGAGAAAAAAAGUUCCCCUCGAAUGGCAUUCACAAGAGAGUAAAAGGUGGAGAUGUUUUGUGUCAUGUUGACCGAUCAAAAGUGAGGCGCAUUGAGGGGAAGGCAGUUUGUCUUACCGAACUUAUUAAGGACCUGUGCUUUUUAUUGUAAAAAUUAAAAAGGACUACUUAAACAUUUGUCAUUUUAAGAAAAAAAAUAUCUAGCACUUGUGACAAACCAAUAAUAGAGUUUAUUGUAUUUAUGUAGAAAUAAUGUUCCAGGGGAAACUACACAGAACACCCAAGUAAACUGCCUGUGUCGUUUUCAAAAGGGGGUAAGAGAGGCAGGAGUUUGUGUGUUUGUGUGUUUGUGUGUUUCCUUUAGGCAUGAAAGGGAUACGGCAGGCACAACCCUAUGCCAACCUUUUUUGUAUUCUCAGAUGCAAACGACGAGGACUUGAAGAGCAAACUCUUCAGCACAGCCGUGUUAACGUGUUUUUAAUUUCUUGGAAUGAUGUCUGAAUAGAUUUCAGUUUUAAGCAGUGAUGUACUGUACAAACACUGUGGUUUCAAACACAACUUUAUAUCAGCAGGAAAUGAAGUUCUUCAUUGUGAUAGUUGAGCCUGGGGUCCUCCCAGCUUCACCUUGUCUUUGAUAUUGAUUUAAAAGGAUCUGAGAGAGAGAGAAAGAGAGUGAAUGAAUGUAUGUAUGAAUGAAUUUAACACUUCUGGUGCU